UUUACUUUCCACGAACGUACUGAUAGGGAGUCUUCCCAGGCUCUGCCUGUUCUUCAAAGUUACUUUGUUAACGUAAAUAUUGCGACGUAGAUUCUCUUCUGAAAUAUCGAUUGGCGGACGCACUCGUGGCUUCGAGUCGAUCGAUCGCGUCAACGACGCGUAGGCACGCACUUUUUCGGAGCGCGACUCGAUUAUGUUCGCGCGUUUUUUAAUUCCAUCGCCAUUCAUACUCUCAGUUACAAGUACAUAGACAUAGAAACGUCUGUUAGAUUAAUUGUCUAUUGUCUGGAAUGAAUUAUUAUCUUUCGUAAUGUAUCGUCGAAAAUAAAUCAUGUGACUUUAUAUAGUGUAACUAAAUCACAUAGUUAUUACGCCAUUUUGUAUUAACUUCUUCCGCGGUCCGUAGGUAACUUAUCUGCAGAUUACCAACAUUUUUAUUCGUUUAUAUACUUAUGAAGCAAAGUAUAAGGUGCAUGGCUUCAGAAGUAGCUACAAGUUUCUUUAAAACGUUCAGUUAAUUAUUGGCUUCCUUAUCGAGGCCUGUAAUUUAUUAUUUCGGAAGAACAGUUAUUAAUCAGAGGACCUAGGCAGCGUUCGCACCGACAACAUUGGCAGCUAAUUAAUCAGCUACAGACGUAUCUCGUGUAUGUACAAGUAACGUUGAACGUUGUAGAGAUGAUUAUCGUUGUGUGAGUAAUUAUUCGACGGGAAAAUUGUUAUACGUUUCAUUCGUGAAGAAGUUAUUUAUUUCCUGCCAUUUUAAAGCGUAAUCGCUAAAGACCACACGCGUUAAACGUAUGAACGAUCAUCUUAUUAAUGAAAUGCUUUGACACUAAUUAUUAUUUCUUCUUGUUCUACUUAAAAUUUUUUGUAAUUCUUCCUUCAAUAAUUCCGUGUUAAGAUCGUGACGUCAGCCAUCACGGUAUUUAAUGUGUUCAUUAACCUUGUCCUCUCGAGCAGGUAGAGGUCGAAUUCAUACGCGAUUCGGAGCGUGUUGAACGUUAUGUUUACAGAUAACAGAACAACGAGAAACGUCCUUUGACUAGUUCUGUUCGAUUCGAACGUUUUCCUUCUUUUUAUUCAAUUUUUCUCGCGAGGCUAACAUGUCAAUGGUAUCGACAUGUGUCUUUGUAAACGGGUUACGAUUGCAGGACGUUCACCUGUAUCGACGUGCAAAGACCUUAUUAUGCGUUAACGGAUCAUAGAAACUAUAGAGGUUCUAGGCUCGCUUCAAACUUCUUAUCGACGCGACGUUCUUGGGAGAAAAUGUUUCAUACCAUUGAUAACGAGACAUCAAUAAUUCACUCGUACGUUAUCCGACGGGCAUUAUUUUUAUUCUCCUAUCUGUUAAAUAAGAAAAGAGGAAAUUGAUAAUAGUCUCUUCGUUUGUAUUUCAUUAAUCGUAACAAAAAAUAUGUCGAGUAUAUUGAAAUUGACGACGCUACGAACGGUGCCCGCGUUAAUUGUCCGUUUCUUUUUCUCCGUUGACGAAUAGCGAAGUUUUUCACGUGUGAAUCGAUUAGAGGACUUUUUUUUCGAUCGGGAUAAAUAACGUGUGACGAAAUAAGAGAGAACAGUGGACGAUCAUGGUGUGACUCGGGUGAUUAAACGGAUCUUUCGGAAAGAUCGACGAGGUUGACCGGUGGUUGUGUGGUGAUUGGUUUUGGUGGUGGUGCUUGAUACGCUCCUGGGAGUCGGAAGCCCGUUGGCACUUGGGCCUCGUUUACGUCAGUUUACUCAUGCUGGGAGUUUUGAAGCGGCGCUGGAAGCCAUCGAAAAGGGCUUCCAGCGUCCGCGGACCUGAUUCGCCCCUCAGCUCGGAACUGACGCUCGACAAGCCUCGCCCCAUACCAUCACCCAGACAAAUUCACCCCCUGUAUGGAGAGAAGGCUGGCCUUCUGGGUUACUGCGAUCCUGUCGGUAACACAGAGAAUUUUCCACCAGCCCCUAAUAUCGUCGUCGAGGGUGGUAGAAUCGAGUUUGUGCGCCCCUCGCAGGAUGGCACCACGACACCCCGAAGGAACACCAUGUCCAGAGGCUCGCAGACCUUCAGCGACGAGUCCGAGAAGUCUGAUCCUGCGAAGGUACGUAGCGCAGAGUGGUGUAUAGGUAAUCCGUUGCUGUCGUCUCGAGCGUGCAUUAACGAGAGCUUGGAGGAAAGAGUGCAAGAAUUGGAGCAGGCGUUGCAAGCGGAACGCUUCGCUGCCCAGCGGGAUCGAGCGACGAUCACGAAGCUACAACGACAGAUCAACAAGAGAGAGGCCACGCAACGAGAUGUGGAACGUGAACGGCGACAACGAAUGGAAGCCGAAGCUCGUGUACGCGAGGCUACGGCUGAAGCUGAACGAGCACGCUCCAGGGUUCAUCAUCUCCAAAGAGAGCUGGCCAGGAUGGAGGAGACGUCACGGGGGUUGUUGCAACACAAGCACAGGGCUGAACAGCUGAAGCAAGAGAAAACCGCGCUCACGCUAUCUUACGAGGCACGCGUACAUCAGUAUCAGGCACAAAUCUCGAAGCUGCAGCUGGAGAACGAGUCAAUGAGGGGUCAGCUGCGCGGUUUGGAAGCUGCGUGUGCUGGCGAAGUGCAUGCUGCACUUGUGGCACGUCUGGCGACCUUGGAAACAGAGCACGCUGCCUUGGCGCGUGACGCCGACGCUCAGCGUCACCAGUACGAGCGGUGCCUGGACGACGUCGCCAACCAGGUGGUCCGCGCCCUUCUAUCCCAAAAGGGUCUCAGGGAAGAAAUCGGUGCAUUGCAGAGGCGUAUUCGGGAGCUGGAAGCUCAAAAUCGAACGCUUUCAGGAUUAUUGGCACAGGCAGCGAGUCCUGGAAGUCCGACUGAGUUGAUUCAAGGGAUCCUCGAAGCUGGACCAGCGGCAGUGGUCGCUGCGCUUGGUCUCGAUCCAGCUUGGGUUCCUUUAGCGAGGCCUCGUUCACUUAAUCUACAGAUACCAGUAAUGGCUGCGACGAAAUGUAGACGAAACAGACCCUUGGCCCAAAAACCGUCGGAAGAAGAAGGGAGCGAGAGUCCAGAGAGCGGCAACAGGGAUGAAGGUUACUCGACGAUGUCCAGCGAUGUCCAGGGAGAGGGUGCUCGACAGGAACCAUCCCGAGGGUUGGAGGAUCUGAAGGAAGCGACCGACGAGACGGAGGCGGAUGUUUCUCCGGAUGCAAGAUUGGUCGCCCUUGACGCUGGUGACCCUGACGUUCUAUUUUUGCCGUUGAAUCUCACUGUAGGAAUAAACCCACGUCACAGCUAUCCACCGACCAAAGAUUUGCUGCCGUAUCAACACGUGAUGCGUAGCUUCUCUGACAGUCAUCUAUGCCUCAAGUUGACCACGACGACCAAUUUUACACCCUACAAACUAUCCAGCCCCAUUGGAUCGUCCUCUCUCCUCCUCGUCGAAGAGGAGGGUUGGGAUGCUGAAUAUGUGCAACAAUGGCUCAGGUUGGACGACAGCAGAAGUGCUCAACAACAUCGAGAUCUCCUCGAGUUGGAAUACGACAGAGCAGAACUGGAAGAUUGGAGUUUCUCGUUGUCCACCGAGGACCUUGUUCAAAAUGAAUCCACGGUAUGGAAGGAACCUGCUACCACUACAACCACCCCGGCUCUGCCGGCAAUCAAGGAACAUAAUCCUCUAGAAUUGGAAGAGGACGCGAACGAAUGCUUAUGGAAUGGUGCCAGUUACCUGGCUGAUAGAACCGGAGGCGAAUUGGUUGCUUUGCUGAUGGACGCUAGAGCAACUGGCUCGUGGCCAUACGCUACAAGCCCGGGUGCUUCCUGGAGCAGCGAAGAAGGAGCUCUUGAAAACUCCAGCAAGAGAUCAUCGGCGGCUUUAUCCGGUUGUAGCGACGAUCCAGACUCUCCCUCCGUUGGCACCGAUUUUACCAGAGACUUCUACAGGUUGGUCAAGUUCGAGAGUACGAAAAGCUUAGCUAGCACGUCGUCGAGAAGCGGAAGACCUCCGCCGGACAGAGAACAAGCUCUGCAAAGCGUGCUGUCGUUCAUCGCGGAACAGCAAAUGUACUUAGCCGAACUACCGAAUAAUCUGUUGGAGCACGGCAACGUACCUCUCGCAACGGAAGUUGUAGAGGAAACUGAAAACAAAGACGAGCGUGGAACCGAGGCGAUGUGCACCGAAAUAGAAACAUCCGUCGAUCAAGAUAACAGCAACACGGAGAACGUCGUUGAAACGAGCAGUAACGACGAUCUGCUGGAUCAGAUACCCGUGCCGUCUUUAGCACCAGAAGAGAGAAUAAUCAGUGCAGUAGCGUGUAACGGUGGCGUCUCUUACACCACGGUAGCGCCGUCUGAAUUAGGAGCUGUCCCCGAAGAAGACGAGGAAGCGGCCACUUCCUCUACGCCGAGCACAGUUGUCAGUCCAGCAAGAGCGCCUUUAUUAGUGGAGGGCAGAGAUCGAUCGUUGAGUUUCCAUGAACGUGCCACGUCGAAAGAUGUGAUAGACGAGUUGAAUCGAAUGAUCAGGAAGGGCGAGGAACACACGGUCACCCAUGAAAGCCAGGUGCCGCUGGAAAAAUUGGAUCUCGCUUGCUGCUGCCCAACAGGAUGGGUUCACGUUGAACGGGACAUUGACUUUACCGACCCAAAAGCAAGAGCCAAUCUUUUAGACGUGAUGUUAGAAAGCAGCGAAAGUUCUUCGGCGACAUCGAGCAGCGGAUCAGCAGGAAGUGACUCGGGGGAUGAACCGCCUGAUUACCGUCACUUGCAUAGAUUACACCGAUACCGACGACAAAAGAAAGCAUCGGCGGCCCAGGCACAUCGUGUGCUGAGACUGCCGUCAACGUGGGGUUCAUCGAGGCCGUCGAUCAUUGGACGAGGCGAGGAUUUCUUCGUGCGAUACGGAGACAAGGAACGGGAAGCCGUGGCCUCUUUCGACUUCCUUGACGAGAUCGUUCCGCCAUCCUCCAGAGGCUCCAAUACCAGUCUCAUCGACCUGGACGACACACCGUCUGCUGAGCUUCGCGGUGACAUCAUGAAGCUAUCUCCGCUCUAGGAUGAGGUUCGAUCUAGGGGUCUAUCGUAAAAUUACUAUUGAUCGCUCUUAUAGGGUUCAGACCAAACUGUUUCCGUUCGACGAUCGAACCAACCUCCUACAUCUGCUUUGCUACUGAGAGAAUUUAAGUUACAGACGCUGAUUGUACUACUUAUUCCAACCCUCGUGCACCGUUAGGGUUAAAUUCACCCUGAAUGGAAAUAUUAAUAUCUAAUAAUCGAUUGUUGUUCUGCAAAUUUAACGUAAAAUUCCAAGUAGCAAAAAAGAUAAUAAAAAUUUUAACGGUGCACAAGGGUUGAUAUUCUCACUGAGAGCACAUGGAACUAUGAAAAUGAAUUCAUGAAGAGUUUAUUUGUAAAAUGUAAGUCAAAGUUUGGUUUCUGUAACAUCAUACACACGUAAUUUUGAUGGGGAAGUACAAAUUGCUUUUUUUUUUUGUACGACUGUAUUCUUAUGGGUUUAUCAUAAAGGGUCAGUAUAGUUUUAGUGUUAACGCUAGCAGGAUUUAAUUUAAUAUUUAUUUUUCGUUCAGUCCUCUCUGAAAAAGCUUUAAGUCUUUUUGUAGGUUGAGAAGAUUUUGACCAACAUCUUUAAACAGAGUUUCCAUGCUAUUGCUUGAAAUUGCAAUGUUUUUAUUUUAAAAAAAAGAGACAGAAAAAAUGUUCCUCCACACGACAAACGAUUGUGUAAAUUAAUGAAAUAAGCGAAGAAAUUUAUGUACGAUAUAUUUGUUUGCCUAUUUACGGUAAAGGUGUACAUCUUCUUUGAUCUCUAAGUACUUGCUGUUCGUUAUUCCAUUCGUGAAUAUUUCGAUCUGUACAUAGACUAUCCAUUUUCCUACGAAUAAGAACAAUUAUUCAUUAUCCAGUUACGUCUUCAAUGCCUGGCAUCUGUGUGUUUUUGUUUCGAAUUUUUCAAAAGCAUCAAAGAUGACUGUUGAGACAAAACUGCAAAAUGAAGAAUAUUGUUUCGUCUAGUAAUGAAGUAAUCGUAAGAAUUAUCGUUUUAGAGCUUCCUCUGAACUAUUCAUUGAAUUCUUUCCAAAUAAAAAAACAAGCAAAAGAAUAUUCAAUGAAAGAAUUUUCAAUUUCAAAAGGAAUAGAACCAGAAACUAAUUACUGUACUUGAAACAUACUCUUGCUCACGAAAUGAAGAUAGACUUCUUAAUUAGCGUAUGCAUAAUGAAUAUUAAUACUAAAGUAUGAGUAACUCGAUGUAAAAUGUGGUCUAAACACUUAGUGUGUGUAAUGUGUACAGUACAUACAAAUUACCACAGAAAAAAAAAGAAAAUAUAAAUCAUAGACUGGAACUAUGAUUUGACUUGACAAAAGGAACAAUACCUCCAUUGAUGAUCUUGUUAAUUAAAAUCAAUCUUGACAUUCAACGAGUAGUCCGUAACGAAUCAAGUACGCACACAACAAAUUUGGAAAAGUUAAUUUUACAAUAUUUCAUUGAUAAAAAGCGUACAAAAGUGAUAGAUAAAGAAUUUCUACGAUUUUCGACAGGAACACACAUCCGAUUUGAAUUAGGCACAAGAUUGUCGUGCAUAUUCUUUGAAACUGAGCUUAGAAUGAAACUCUAGAUUAAGGACUUAAUCGACGAUUUUUUUUUUUUUUUGAGACCACGAAUUUGUACCAUUUCUUGAACGAUCGUCGAUGAAUGUAACGUACUGUUUGUUUGUGCGAAACACGCACCAUGAAAAGGUACGCCGAAGAGAGGCGUACAUACAACUUUUCGUUCCGUCUUCGAUGAAAGAGCGUGUAUGUUAAUGAUCUGUGUAAAAUAAAAGAUACGUUUGAAUUUGGAGCGUAUAUAAAUUUCACGUAACGCUCAACGAAUGAAUGGUAAAAGGAAAUCGUGUAUAACGGAAGAAUGGUUAAUGUUAAAUGGAUCAAAACGCCGUACCAAGAAAUGAAUAUUUCGCUAUUUGUACGAGAACAAUAGGUGAAGUUUGAACUCGCGUUUGGUCAAAUUACUAGGAGAUAAUAUCAUUAGUUGGUAUAAUGUUUAAGAUAACGAGUCGAUAGAAAUCGAAAUAUUUUACACGUAGAUGAUAUAGAUAUAUAUAUAUAAAUAUAUAUAUAUUAAACAUGAUGGAUAUUUUCAAUAUUUGAAAAGAAGACUGUACGGAUACAAAGUUGUCUCUCUGUUCCAUUAAUUUAAUUAAAAAUAGUCCAUUGAUUGAUUAAAAUUAAAUCAAACUUGUAAUAUAUGUAUAUCGUUUACGCGUGUAUCGAUUGAAGAAACAUAUUUGUUUUAAUCGUUUAUAGUAUUUCAUCAUUGUGAUUGGAUACGUUAUCUCGUUUUGUAUUAUUCAACUUUGAACAUUCUUGAUAACUACAACGAAGAAGUUCCGACGAAAAACAACUUUUAUCGUACAGUCCGGAAAUAAUCAUUUAAAUAAUAGUAUCUAAGAUACCUGUAAGUUGCAUUACCUUGAAAAUGCGAUUACUAAAAGCACUGAUCCUCUCUGACCCAAUCGUAAGGGGAAGAAAAAGGAAUAUACUAAAAUAAAGAAGGAAAUCCAUCGAUGAUCGUGAAUGAUUGGGGCAUUGUAAAUAGUAUGUAUUAUAGCACAACAGAUGUAAGUUAUCCUCUCUUGAACUUAAUAAAUAACGACAAUAUAAACGAA